AUGGUCCAGAAAACGCCCCAGCCCAUUGUCGGAAUCCCGUCUGGGCGCGAUACGGAAGAGCUUCCCUCCGCUGGCGAGUUCGUCCAGGAUCUGGACUUUGACCUCAGCUGCCAGGAAGACGAUUUCUUUACCUGGAUGCAAGAGCAAGUCGAGGAUACUGACGAUACCUGGACCACUACAGACCUGUUUCUGUCCAUAUCUCCCUCAGAAACCCUGGGUCUCCCGGCCUCAGCUACUGAUACAGUGGGUGAGCCUUCUGCGAGCGCCACACCGUUACAACCUUCGGGAGCCCAUAUACCGCCAAAAUCUGGUCGUCGCUUUUCCACUCGGGUGGCAAAGAUACUGAGAAACUGGUUCGCAGCCCACCAUCAACACCCCUAUGCCACCACUGAAGAUCUCGAGAAGCUUCAGGGCCAAACGGGUCUCAACCGGCAGCAAGUAACCAACUGGCUCGUAAACGCCAGACGGCGCUCUAAGCCUCCUUCUUCCCAGUUACAACCUUCAUAUAUCCGCGAUGCUCCUCGGUCAACAUCGACCAGACCUGGUACUAUCAAUAUCCCCCGACGACCUCCGACGCCUAUGCCUUGUGAACAAAUGAGCCCCCUUCAACGUUGGCAAAACUCGCCACCUGAAUGCGAACCUGCUACUGUCGCCAGCAUUUCUCGCGCUGUCGCGGCCUCGCCUAAACUUGGACCCUUCUCACCAAUAUCCGGCAGAUCUUCAGAUAAUGCCUCAUCGGUCAGUAGCGCAGGCAACUCCCACUCAAGUCGCGGAUCUGGAUCUCGCGCCUCGGCCCAUUCCUACAGCUCCGGAGGCUCUCUCAGAAUCCUGGCGCAACAUACUAGUCGGAGGAGACGGCGAAGGGCGCCCAAGCGACAAGGCCCCCUCCAGCCAAGUCUGUUCCACACCUGCCACAAGUAUCAGUGCACAUUUUGUCCAGAGACGUUCAAAACAAAGCAUAACUGGACUCGACAUGAGAAGUCACUGCAUAUCUCGCUCGAGAGAUGGGUUUGCUCUCCAAACGGGGCCACUGCCAUGCACCCCGAGCAAGGCAUAUCUUGCAUCUACUGUGGACAAGCAGACCCGGACGAGUCGCACUUGAAUUCACAUAGUUAUGCUUCAUGUAUAGAACGCCCGCUUGAGGAGCGCACUUUCUAUCGAAAGGACCACCUACACCAGCACUUGAAGUUGGUACAUGGAACCAAGUACAUGGAGUGGCCGAUGGAUUCAUGGAAAACCGACAACGCCGAGACCGGAUCUCGAUGUGGCUUCUGCGGAGAGGCUCUAUCGUCCUGGGCCGUACGAGUUGACCAUCUCGCCGACCACUUUAAAAGUGGAAGCACAAUGGCAGAUUGGAAGGGCGAUUGGGGAUUUGACCAUGACGUGAAUGAAAUGAUCGAGAAUGCUAUACCACCUUACCUCAUUCAUUGCGAGCAAACCUCGCCACUUCCAUUCUCUGUUAGCCAAGGACCGGCCGGUACACCCACCAGUGCAUAUGAACUCAUCAAACUAGAGCUCGAAUAUUAUAUGUACGACUACCUAGACGCACAUGGCCGUUUGCCUUCGGAUCACGAACUCCAGUGCGAGGGAUGUACUAUUAUUCUUGGUGCAGAAGGCACUUCUGACCACCACGUCCCCCCGGCACCGUCAUGGCUUCGAGACAUCUUCACCAGUUCAACCGAGAUUCUUCAACAGGCUCGCUUACGCCCCAUCGAGCAGAUCAACAAGUCACGCAUGAGCCAACUCAAGAUCAAUGGCAAGAGUGACAUCUUUGAGGGUUGCGAGCUAGAGGCUCAACUAUGCCGACUAGUUGCAAUUCAUUACAUGAUAGGCCUUCCGAUGACAGACUAUGAAUUACAGAAGGAGGCGGCUAAUCUUCUUGACCGUAUCGAAUCUGGCUCACACAACUCUUCUCAACUUUUCACCGGAUUCUUGACGAGGCUCGUUUGGAUGACAAGCAAGUGGCUUACCCCCUUGCGUGAUCGAGGACGACAAUUCCCAGCCGAGCGCAUGACAGAUGAGAAUAAUCUCCAGCCAAACUUGGCCACCGGUCAUUCAUCCAACAGGUUGAUCAAUUCUAAGCCCAACCCUGGGCACCUUCAAGGGGGUAUGACUAAUCUGUUACAACUUUUGGAUCAUGCCAGGACCCCUACUUCAUCUACAAUGGCGUCAGGUGUAUCUCCUUCGGCGCUGCAGAGACCAAAACAAAGCAAUGGCAUUGUUAGCCCCUCAACUAUCCAUCAUGCGAGGCCGCCUUCUACAGCCCAAAACCCUUUCAGUGGCAAUGGCCCAUUCAAUGGGACACCCUUCAACAACGACAGCAACAGCUACAGACGCCUUGCAAGAGAUCUAUCUCGAUUUGUGAUGACCACCAUGUCAUCCAACAACCCCAGCAGUCACAUACCAACUGAUGAGGAGUUGAAAUAUCAGGCACGUUGGAUUUGGUAUGACGAUGACGACCCAUGGAACCAAACUCCUGCUGACAAUGCCGAAUGGCUCCAUGACUUUAAACGAGAUUGUGGCCUCCUCACUGACGAUAGGCGGGACGUUGAGAGGUAG